UAUAAAUAGUGCGAUAUAAACGAACAGGGCCACGUAUUGAUGUUGCCACUUUACAAACAGCUCUACACUGCAAGAACAUGUAUCUGCUUCUAGUGAUACUUGCGACAGCUGCAACAUUUACUGCGAGCAACCAAAUAACUCCGGAUGAGCUGCAAGUGGUAUGGAAAACCCUCGAAAGUGACAUCAGAGCUCGUCAACAGGAGGCACAGUCGGAGAUACGAAAUCUCUUCGACACCCUGCACCUAUUAGUAGAAGCUGCCAAGGGAAGCUUGAAUUCAACCAUCGAAGAAACCCAUAAGUUCUAUCAGGAAGAGUUGGAAGAAAUCAAGGCUGAAGCUCUAGCAAAUGGCAAAAAUAUUUCGCGCUGCAUUGAACUGGCUGAUGCAGUUCUGCUAGACCUGGAUGAACAAGUGAACUCCACAGCAAGUGAAACCUAUGAAAAUCUUGAGAAAACUGCUGAAGAAGCAGUGAAUCGGGCGCUCCAAAUGGCGGUCACCGCUUUGCAAGAGCUGGAAAUGUUAAACGGAAAAGUGGAAACGUGCAAAGAUGAUGAAUGUGCCACUGAGCUGGAUGUGGAAAUAGUGGAAUUCUACGAGGAAAUCGUUGCAGAUCUGGACAACGCCAUCACGUUGGCUGAAGAUGCAGUUUUCAUAAAACUCACUGCCGAGCUGCAGAAUAGCACUGAGACAAUCGACUACUACAACGAACAAUUUCAGAAGCUGAUUGAAGAUCUGAAAAGUUGCGCUGAAUGAUUUGCGUUUGAUUGUUCAAAUUGCGGCUUCUAGAUGUUUCCAGCUCAGUUUUACCAUCAGUUUAAUAAUUUUUUGGGACAAAAUGGAGUAGUGGCAAUGUCGAAAUUGGCAUUGAAUCUACAAUGAGUUUGCUUCUCGAAUGAGACAAUCGAUUGUUUUUUAUAUGAAGUGCUUGGAACGAUCGCAGGCAGCAAUUAAGAUAACCAAAUGUACCGGAUUGUUGAUUACAAUGAGUUGUUGAAACUUUCUGUUGUAUUUCUAAUAUAAAAACAUUAAAUGAAA